CACCAGAGAGGCAGGUCGGUGCAGACGGACCGGGGACAGGCUGCUUCUCUUCGGCCUCAACAUGGAGUUUUUACUGGGGAAUCCGUUCAGCACGCCGGUGGGUCAGCGGAUAGAAAGUGCGACCAACUCCAGCCUACCAUCAGACGACUGGGCCCUCAACAUGGACAUCUGCGACGCCAUCAACAGCGCAGAGGAAGGACCUAAAGACGCCGUCAGAGCCCUAAAGAAAAGGAUUAUGGGAAACAAGAACUUCAAGGAGGUCAUGCUGGCGCUCACGGUCCUGGAGACGUGUGUGAAGAACUGCGGCUACAGGUUCCACAUCCUGGUGACGACGCGGGAUUUCGUGGAGGGAGUGCUGGUGCGCGCGAUCAUCCCGAGGAACAACCCUCCUUUAGUCGUCCAUGACCGGGUGCUCAGCAUCAUACAGGCGUGGGCGGAUGCUUUCCGCAGCUCUCCAGACCUGACGGGCGUGGUGUCGGUGUACGAAGACCUGCGCAGGAAGGGGCUGGAGUUCCCCAUGACUGAGCUGGACGGGUACUCAUCUGACCAAGCACCCAAAAAGACUGCCCCUGUGAACGGUGCUGCUGUCACUACGCUCCUCUCUUCCAAACCUCCGCUCAUCCCUCCUCAGACAUCCGAGCUAAAGCUGGCCCUUGAGGGGAACAAUGCUCUGACUCCCAGCCAGAUCAAGCAGCUGAAGACAGAGCUGGGAGUGGUGCGAACCAACCUGACCAUGAUGUCAGACAUGAUGAGUCAGCUGGAUCCUGUCACUGUAAAGCAAGCUGACAUGGAGCUCCUGGAGCAGUUAUACUCAGUGUGUAAGGAAAUGCAGGACAGGAUUGUGAAGGUGGUGCCGCGGCUCAGCGAGGAGAAGCUGAUCGAAGAGCUGCUGGCGGCCAACGACGAGAUGAACACCGCCUUCACCCGCUACCAGAGGUUUGAGAGACGAAUACCCAAUGGGCACAACACAGCAGAGAAGAGUCACACAUACGUCAACCUCACAGACUUCGAUUUGACGCCUGAGUCCGGCGUUGCAUCCGUUACCAACGACAGCUCGUUCAGCCUCUCGAAAGGCGACAGUGUGUCCAGUCAGAUGGCGAGACUCAGUAUGAGUGAAUCAGAUGAAGCAUUAUCACCGAGAAUAAAUGCCUCAACUCAACAAAGACCAAGUGAUCAGAGUGAAGUGGACGGCCCGGCUCAGGACUCCAGACUACACAGCGCUGCAGCGGAGGACAGCCCGGCCUCCACCAGCAGCUCCUCUCCAAAGUUAGAUUGGAUGAUUAAAAGGGGAAUGAUUCCCAUCAACCAGAACACCGUGAUGGAUGAUAUUGAGAAAUGGCUAGAUCUGGAGGAUGAGUACGAUGACUUUGAGGAUUCAGACGGAGUGACCAGUGAAGAGUUCGACAAGUUUCUGGCGGGACGAGCAAAAGCCGCCGAGCGUCUCCCGUCUGUGCGAGCGUCCUCUCAGGAUAACAUCUCCGAGUCUUAACUACACUUAACACUAAUAGCACUCGUGAAGCUCCAGCUGCUGGGAAAUGAGGAUUUCUUUUAGACAAAUGGGCAUCACAACCCAUAUCUGAAGGACGCAUAGCUGUGUAUAAUACUGCUCUGUACUGCGGAGCAAACGUGUUUUUUUAACCGAUAAGAAUAAUGUUAUUUGAUGAAGGGAGGAGGUUCUCGGUGACGCCGUUGUGAGGGUUUGUCCAUGUGUGGGAUGCAAACAUUUGCACAUUUUAUAUGGUUACUUUCCUGCUGUUAAAAAGCAAAAGAGAUAAUAUUGUUAUGAGACUUUUGCAACAUAGAUGUAAUAUAUUGCUGUUAAAUAUAUAUAUGUAUAUUGUCAUGGUGAUGAGUAGCAGACACUGUCAGCUCGUACGUGAGAGAGGCUGGAAGGAGGAAGAUGGUGUUUUUUUACAUCCAGCAUUCCCCUGUGAAUAUGUCUUACUUGAAGUUCAACAGGAAGUCGUGGCACACUGCUGUCAUAUAUUAAACUGAAAUAUUAACUGGAA